AUGACUGCCGGCACUCCACGAAAUAAUGAAGAAACACAGCUGUUUUCGUGGGUUUGUAAAUGCCGUAUUUAAAAACACCUUGUUGAGUUAUGAUACCUAGCUAUAGGUAAAUCAUUUGUAUCCUUUUUGUCCUUCCUCAGGGAGCAAAUAGUCACGGACAACUGUGUUUAGGACACACACAUGAUGUUUUGAUUCCUGAAAGUUUCGACGAUUUUCCAGAAAAUACAUGUAAACCUAUAGAAGUAGCCUUAAUUCAAGGCGGUGGAGGCCAUACAGCAGUCAUAACAGGUUUCUAUAUUAAGUUUAUAUACCAUUUCAGAGACACACAGAUUUUGUCUUGAGCAAUACACUUCUAAAGUGGUACUGAAUUGUUAAGCUAUUUGAAAGAACAGCAGUAUUGAAUGCAGGACUACUCUUAUUUCCUGAAUUGGCACACCUUGUUUUGCCCCUAAUUUUUGCAUGACCUUUUUUUCAAUUUCUCUCGGGUAUUACAGUUGUCUCAAGAGAAAUUAACAACAAAUGCUCAUGCAAAGUAUUUUUAUGGGAGAAAAUGAAAAUCAGGCAAAUAACCAGAGUUUGACACCCUCAACUGACAUGACUGAUACAACUCACUUUGACUCUGAAGAUGGCUAUCGUGUGGGUUGUUGAAGUGUCAAUCACUACUGUCAACAACAGGCCUAUUCAGGACUACGCUCACCUAGAUGAUCAUAUUCUACCUACCUAUUACAUGAGUCCAUGGUUAACUUGGUUUGCAAUAUUAUACACUUAAUGUCAGAUCCCAAGGGAAACAGUUAGUUUCGUUUUCCCGAGAGUCCUGAUGUUUCCCGAGACGAAGUCGAGGGAAACAUCAGGACUCGAGGGAAAACAAAACUAACUGGUUUCCCGAGGGAUCUGACAUUAAGUGUUUUGUUAUAAAGCGAAAACGAACCAAAACAGUCGACUCGGUACUUAUAACAACACAAAUUUAAUUCUCAAAAGCACUGAAUGAAUGAUUUACAAACAAAAGUACUUUCCUUAUAUCAUCUGCAUCUUUUUCCUCCACUAGCUGCUGUUUUUCUUCUGGGAACUUCUGGGAUAACUUUAAAAAUCGUUGCUUUUUAGCUUGAGGCUUCGUGAUUGUGUUGUUGUGUUCAUUCACGAAAAAGAAAACCGGCAGGACCUGGCGGUGUUUUUCCCGCCUUCUGUCACGCCACUUUCUACCAUGCUUUGAUCACGUGCUGCAAUGUAUCCCGAGCGGGAUACAUUGUUUAAUGUAUCACGAUCGGGAUACAUUUGAUUUUAGUCAAGGCCACGUGACCAAGAAUCAACCAAUGACAGGCCCUGUUUAGUUGAGUGAAAUUCUAGGAAUAUAACAAUACUAUUUAUUAAUAUUUAACAAUUAUUCCUCAAGCCCAAAUGGGCUCUGAGUCAAUAGCCCAUGAGGCCGAAGGCCGAAUGGGCUAUUGACUCAGAGGCCAUGAGGGCGAGAGGAAUAAUUGUUUUAGUAAAAUCCAACAGUUGGUCGAAAAUAUGGAGAAUAAAAAUAUUUUAGGUAGUUAAAGCUAGACUUUAAUCCUUUUUUGCCGCCAAAAAGCCCGCGCUUUUCGCUACUACUGGGCUAUAACAUAUAGUCUAGUAGUAGCUCAUCCAAUCAGCAUGCAGCGUUGAUAAUAGACCACUAGUUGGAUUUUACUAAUGUGCAUUAUUCUUGAGUGAUAGUACAUAAUAGUAACCAGUAGGUCAUAGGUUCAACUCCUUUUGUGUACUCAAUUUUUUUCCUCAGAGCUGCCUAUGUCACUGACUGAAAAACAUCUUUCUCAUAGAUUAUGAUAAUUGCAUUUUCAAUAUAGUAAGUCAAGGUUUGUUCAUGUGUGGUUGGAACAAUAAAGGUCAGUUGGGUUUGGGUGAUACAGAAGACAGGGCUGUGCUGUGUCAUGUUCAGGGGCUUCCUCCUGUCACUCAAGUAUCUUGUGGAUGGAACCACACCUUAGCCAUCACAGGUAAAUCUUUGGAAAUACAGCCAAACUUCGUGUUUGGCUGUCAUAGGUCCAGUUAAACCACAGGUAGCCCAAGCUCACUAUGAGAGCCGUGAACAACAUUAUCCUACUUAGCUGAUUAAUUAUUCAUACAGCAAGAAAAUUAUAAGACGUUGUAUGGAGAAAUAUUCUUUGCUCACUAAAUUAGCAAAAUGUACAUUGAAUAUCGCUUUGAAGCUUACCUUUAGCAUCUUCUUGUUUUUCUUUGUAUUCUGACUGCAUUUCAGACCUCCUAGGCACUGUUUAAGGCCUUUUUUGGAGCGACAGUUUUUCACCCAGAUGACAGUAGAGAGAAGAAAAGAGAAGGUUGGCAAACCUCUCUUGACCGGCUCCGCUCUCGGGACGCGAUAAAUUCCGUGACAUUUGCGACAUGGAGACAAGUCCGCCAGAAACAGAUGUCCUGAUAAAUAACGCACAUUUUCCAUCUUUCACAUCACCAAAAUUCCCAUUUCGAAGGUCCUAAAUCGCCAACGAAGUGGGCAAUACAUGGCUGAGGUGAGGCGAGUCGAGAGCAGACCCGCAACGGACUCCAACCGUCACGUCGACAAUUCAAACCGACGCUGGCUGGCAGGGUCAAAUUGUUCAACCGUCAAAGGACAAUUGGAGCAUUUAGCCUACUGGGCACAGUAACUGAUUUUUCACUUCUCACAUUGCACUCCGCGGUCGCGGAAGUCAAGCAUCGCGUGUGAUAGUGACAUGUAAUAUCAAAACAUGUCGCGUUGUUAAUGUUUUGAUCUCUACUCUUCUUUUUAAAAAGCGUUUGCAAUAAGAAUUACUACGGCUGUAAACAGUUGUUAGCUAUUUUUCCUCCCUUUUUCAACAAGUGGCAGUAAGUAGCAAGUUUGCGGACAGGAUCUUCCGGCAGGUGCUCUUAUCUAUUGUGAGUGUUUUUACGGAAAGGAAAUAUGUAAAUAAAUAUUUCUUUGAAUUUUCUCUUGGUAAUUCUGCCACAUUAGCAACACCAAUUUCAAGAUCAAAUUAUACAUCAGCUGCUUGCAGCCCAAGCAAACUAUUUCUGAAAUAUGAAUUCCAAAUGUAGUAGCUAUUUUUGUAUUGAUUGGAUUUCUUGACGCUACUAUUAAAUGGCAGAAAGGUAGGAUGAAGUUUUGUAAUCAAAAGAUUGCGUUGUUUCUCGUUGAACAUGCACUUACAAAGUAUUUCACUUUGCAAAACAACUUUCAUUUCAGUCUAACAAAUGAACAAAGGGCUGUGUUGAACUGCGCCUCAUUGGGUCAUAAUCUAUUAGUUAGUGGACAAGCCGGAACAGGAAAAGAAGUGAAGUGAAGCUGAAGUGUAGAAGUGAAGCUGCCCUCGUGAAUUUCAAAAUUACGACAGACCCUAACAAGAAAAAUAUUAUGCAGUCAACUUUAAGAAUUGAAGAUAAAUCAAGGCGAAUCCAAGGUAUUAUUUUUUUCUAAAUCAUACAUAGAGUAGAGAUCAAAACAUUAACAACGCGACAUGUUUUGUUAUUACAUGUCACUAUCACACGCGAUGCUUGACUUCCGCGACCGCGGAGUGCAAUGUGAGAAGUGAAAAAUCAGUUACUGUGCCCAGUAGGCUAAAUGCUCCAAUUGUCCUUUGACGGUUGAACAAUUUGACCCUGCCAGCCAGCGUCGGUUUGAAUUGUCGACGUGACGGUUGGAGUCCGUUGCGGGUCUGCUCUCGACUCGCCUCACCUCAGCCAUGUAUUGCCCACUUCGUUGGCGAUUUAGGACCUUCGAAAUGGGAAUUUUGGUGAUGUGAAAGAUGGAAAAUGUGCGUUAUUUAUCAGGACAUCUGUUUCUGGCGGACUUGUCUCCAUGUCGCAAAUGUCACGGAAUUUAUCGCGUCCCGAGAGCGGAGCCGGUCAAGAGAGGUUUGCCAACCUUCUCUUCUCUUCUCUCUACUGUCAUCUGGGUGAAAAACUGUCGCUCCAAAAAAGGCCUUAAACAGUGCCUAGGAGGUCUGAAAUGCAGUCAGAAUACAAAGAAAAACAAGAAGAUGCUAAAGGUAAGCUUCAAAGCGAUAUUCAAUGUACAUUUUGCUAAUUUAGUGAGCAAAGAAUAUUUCUCCAUACAACGUCUUAUAAUUUUCUUGCUGUAUGAAUAAGUAAUUAGCUAAGUAGGAUAAUGUUGUUCACGGCUCUCAUAGUGAGCUUGGGCUACCUGUGGUUAAACUAAGCAUAAAAUUUUUUAAAAUUCAACCUGCAGCCAUAGAAUUGUUGACACACUGUCCUUCAGAGAAGAAAACAAAAUUAAUAUGAGUAAUCCUCCUGCUCCCCCCCAGGGGGGGGGGGGUACUCCCAUACAUUACCUAUAUGGGUAUGUGCCGCCCAACGGGGUCGUGAUUUUGAAGCUCCUGAUUUAGAAUGGGGUAUCCAUUUCAGAGGCGUUUUCUCGAACGGGGUAUAAUAUUUUGAAUGCACGAAAGCUCCAGUUUUGUAAGCAGUCAUUUGAAAUUAUUCAAGGUCAGACUGCGUUUAAAAAUAUGGUUCAAUGUGUUAACAAGCAAACUGUUGUACUCUUUGCACCUUAGAACGGAGUAUAAAAAAUUGGCCCAUUUUUAGAACGGGGUAUCAGUUUUAGGGCGAAUUCUAGAAUGGGGUAUCAAUUUUAGGGGAAUUUUUUUUUUAGAACGGGGUGCCAAUUUGGAGUCCCGGGCGGCACAUACCCACCCAAAAAAUACCUAAGUGCCCCCUCAAAUUGUUUGGUACUUCAGCUUUUUGCAACCACCUGCCAUGAGUCACCACCAAAUCUUGCCAGUUUGGGUAUUUCACCUAUGGUAGGUUUUACUGUAUGCCAAUGGUUGAUAGUUGGAAUAACCUUGUGUCCUUCAGUUGUUUUAAUAUGGAGACAUAAAACAGUUUUUGAAUUUUUUAUUACACUUACACUUUAAUGAAACCUUAAGCUUUUCAGUGUUUUACAAAACUAUUUUUAGACUUUGUUUUAAAUUAUCCUUUAAUUUUUGUCUUAGGAAUAAAAUCUUUAAACUGAAACAUCGUAUUUUAUUAUCACUUGACUUUCAGAUCAUGGUCUUUAUGUCUGGGGCUCUAAUGCAUUUGGUCAGUUAGGCACAGGAAAACUUGGUGGAUACCUUACAAGACCUACUUUAUGCAAGGUAUGUUGUUAUUUUUGAAAUGUGUACAUAUAGACCCGACAUUCCCCAGCCUUAAUAAAUGGGAGAAACAUACUUUCUGAGAACGUUAACUAUCAGAUUGCAACUGCUAACUAUUACAGUCUAACCUGAGUUGAACAGAAAUCUGAACCUAAGUCCUGGAAAUUGUCUCCAUUUAUUAGUAUAAACUGACCUCUAUUUAGCUGUCAAGCUUAAUGGUUAUUGCAUGUCCUCACGUCAAGUAAGCAGCCUUUUCGCUGUGUAUGUACAUGUAUCUGAACAUGUUUUGGUCAUCUCGCACUCACAGCAACUAGCAAAAUGCAACUGACAACUGAAGCCACCUAGGAUUCUGAAACCUUUCUUGCUAAUAAUAGAACAGCUCUUAACAUUAAUACAUGUCCACCAUUUACUUUGAUAGAGUUGCAGGCAUGCAUGCUUGCAAAAAUCUUCUCACAUAUAAAUUCUAAUAAAAUUCUUACUUAUCAUAAGGAAAGGUCUCUGAUGGGUCUUCUUUCCUAAAUCAAUGAUUCCUUCACUGCACUAAUUCAAAAGCAUUUAAGGAGUUAUAACUGUCUUAUUUGUUAAGGUUCAAGUUACAACAUGAUAGCAUCCAAACAAGACCAACAGGGGCACCCAACGAGAAUAUAGUUCAAAACCACUUAAACAUAGCAUUGUUAAACUUAUUUUAGUAUUUAAAUGGUAGAUAUAGGCAUAUUUUUAUCCCCUAAAACUUUUUCAUCUGUUCGGAUUUCCUAGCUGAAAGUCUAGUGAUCCGAAAAUUAUAGGGAUCAAAACUUACCUUUUCGAAAAUUUUAGCCAGAAAAAAGGCUCCCGAAAAUUCUAGGUGACCUUUUUAGGGUAAAAAUCCAUUAAAAAUAGGCAAUUAUACCAUUUUUCAGAUGUUCGAAAAUCCUAGGAGAGGCAGGCAAGCAAGAAAUUUUACAACAAAUGUUUCAAAAAUUCUAGAGCUCAAAUCGUCUUCCGAACAGAUAUUCUUCCGAAAAUUGUCGUUGGGUGCCCCUGGACCAAGCUAUCUUAAGAAAUAAGUUGGCCAUUCUCCAGGGCUUAAGUGACUGCUUUUAUCAUACAGGACUGGUUUCAUUGUAAUAAUUUUUAUAUUAUCAGUGGUAGUUGAAAUAUUUGUUCAUUAUUUUGUUUCCCAUCAGUAGGAAUUUACUGAGUAUCAACAAGUUGUCAGUGUUGCAGCAGGACUUAGACACUCCAUAGUUGCUUUAGGUAAGAUAGAUGUUAAAGUCCUCAAUACCUUUGUCGAGAGUUCAGGAUAACUAUUUGAGUUACUGUGUACUUGUCAACAGGGUGCAAAGAAAGUCAGUUUUAAAGCUUGCCAUUCAGGCAAGUGCUAGCUAGCUUGUGCUUUUGGCCUAGAGUCAUUUUAAGUAGCCUAAAAAAAAUUUUGAUGAUAAGAAUUGAUUACAGCUCUUCUGUACUUUGAAUUCCCCCCAAAACUUUAAUGCUUGUCUGUUGGAUUAAUUAAGAACAGAAUUCACUAGCCUUAUAGCAAAAUACAAUAGCCCCAUGCUGGUCUAUCUGGCACUGGUCUCCAUACAUGGUGGUUAACAUAUUUUAAUUUUUAGUUCUUUGUUUUAAAAUUUAAUGAUAUUUUUUUAAUGAUAUUUUUAUAUGAAAGUGCUGUCCUCCUGUUUCAUAAUGAAUAGCUAAAUGCUUUGAAGAUUAAAAUUGUGAAUAGAAGUAUUGCUGUCAUUGCUUAUGGCCAGUUUACAAAAUUGUUGGGAAUCUGCUAAGGUUUCACAAUCAAUCAUUGAAAAUAUUGGCAUUGACCCACCCAAUUGAUAAUUGAUUGUAAUAAAUUGGAAAAAUUCCUUUAUAAGAAAUUUUAUAUAUUUCUCAACUUUGUGCAAGUCGAAGUACAUGUUGAAGUACAUGUUCAUGUUAAACAUUUUCUAUAAUCAGUUAUUGUUUCUAUUGAAGAUGUUGAUUGGUGAUCAAUGAAUUUAUUAUUAUCAAUGAUCAGCUUAUACCACUAUGGUAUAAUGAAAUACUUCAUAUUAAGGAUGAAACAAACCUUUUUGGACCUUUUAUUUGUUUUUCAAAGCUGAUGGAUCUGUGUGGUGUUGGGGAGCCAACAAGAAAGGGCAGCUUGGCUUUGGGAAAACAAGCAGAAACAGUGUGACUCCUUUGCAAGGUUUAAAUUACUGUUAGCAGAAUUUACCUCAUGAUACAAGUAAAUUAAGGCCCAUGGUUUCAAAAGCUAGAACUAUGUAUUACAUUAAGAGAGCUGAAAUUAAUGCUGCACUUAAUUAACGCAACUUAAAUUAACGCGAAUUUUAACAAUUCACGUUAAUUUUAUGGAGCGUUAAUUUCCUAUAAUAAGGUAUAUUGACAGUAUUGUUGUUGGUAAAAAUUAAUCUUUUGUCAAGUUUAACCACUGAGUUUUCAGCCUAGUUUAAGUCAGAAUUCCCCUUGUUUCGUAGUCCUAAUUAUUCACAGGAGACAAAGGACAUUCUGGUUAAACCUGAGAACAGAUUUUACUCACAACAAUUGUCACCACAAAUUAUUAUAGUGUUACCCUUCAAAUUCAAUAAAUUCCCCUGCUAUCAUUGUUAUUCCUAGGGAUUUUGCGAAAAGAAAUUUGAAUUUUUGGGAGUUUCUCUUUGUCCACUAUUAGACAUGAAAGGUUUCAUAGGACCUUGAUGCAGGUGACUUCCAAGUUUAGGACAGAGCAAACGUUUCUAAUAUAGGUUUUUCUAUCAUAAACAGUCAGUAUUCCAGAUUGCUCUCAGAAGUUUGUACAGGUAGUUGCUGGAUCUCAUCAUUCCGCAGCAUUAACAGCCUCAGGACAGGUCUUCUGCUGGGGUUCAAAUCAACAUGGACAAUGUGGCAGGCCUCCUGAACACUGUGUUCAGAGUUUUGCCAAUCCACAGCUGAUAAGAGGAGCGAUUUCUGACAAACAUAUCGCUCAGCUGAAAUCUGGGUGGAGUCACCUUUUGGCCAUCACAGGUUUAAUCAUCAGUACUUUAUAUAUUUUAAAUUGAUAAUCACAUUUUACAAUACUACAAAAAAGAUCAUUUGCAGUAGACAUUCACUAACAAACAAUGGACUAGAACUAAAUUAAUUGUUGAAUUAUUGCAGUGUAAAAGAAAUUAAAGCAGUUCAACAGUUCUAUAAAUACAUGCCUUAAACACAUUUCCAGUGACUGUAAAGAAUGGUUGUUAGAUGACUAUUAUUUUGUUUAAUUUAAAAUUAGCCUGAAUAGCCUUGCUUGAGAUAAUGUAUUCUUGAAUUUUGUACUGACAAAUGAGGCUAGUCAGGCUAAUUUUGAUUUAAACCUAAGAAUAUUAAUCCAGCAGCCAUUUUGCAUUGGGCCCAUUAUCUGCCAUGCAAUUUUACUAAGAAAAAACCUUAAUUGCACAGAAUGCUCCUGUUGUAUGAAAAUGACCUCACAUUUGGAUGUGAAUUUUGAUAACUCAGUUUACAUAUAUAUGUUGUUUUCAAUUUUAAUUUUGCUUUGUUUUGCAAACUCAUUGUAAAUCUUUACAUACCCGCCUCGCCCCCUCCCCACACCACCAAAAAAAGGAAGUAAGUGGAAUUUAGGUAAAAUUGAUCCAAAAAACAUACAUAGUAUAAUUAUGUGAAAAAAUUGUGGUGACAAUUUUCAGGAGUUAGUGCAAGAAGAUAACUAGCAUCCAGUUUCUUUGUUCACUCAUCAUAUUUACAUAUUAAUUACAUAAUUAAUGUAGAACUUUUUAAAUGAAAAUCAACCUUCUUUAUAUUGAAUCACCUGCCUGCUUGUUUGUUUGCAUCAUUGGUUGUUAGACAGAUCAGUGGAAUUAAUGAAGAUUGACUUAUAACUAUCCUAUUGAUGCAUACAACAAAUUCCAUCUUCAGAAGAUCAGUUAGAAAUUUCUUGGAAACCUAAUGAUGAAUUAAUUUUGUGCUGUUAUGUUAUUUUGUAUUUGCAGAGGAUGGUCAGAUCUUUUCAUGGGGUCGUGCAGACUAUGGCCAGUUAGGUUUAGGUGAUGAUGUGGUACGGCAGGGAUUCUGUAGUGAACCAACGCAAGUUGUACAAGUCAGUGGUGCUAAUCAGGUAGAAUCAUGAUUCAGUUCAUUGAAACAAAUUCUCCGCCUUUAACCUAAGUCUACUACAACACUGACAAGUUAAUUCCGCAGAAAAAAGAAGUUUCUUUGGUCAUAUUUUUGAAGUUUGCUACUGCACAACUGUUUUCAGAUCCUGAAGGUUAACCAUCUCGCCAGAGCCUAUCUUUGGUUCCAUAACAUGAAGGGCCAUUAUUUUAUACACCUAACUGGCACAGUGAGACUAACGUGUCUCGCCAGGACGCGAAUUAAGAUCGCUCGAUCUGGUCGUGUCUGGGGUCUUGGCUGAUAUUUCGUUUACAAGACGAACCUUCCUUAGGUCUUGGUUAGGAACAGUAUGCAGUUUAUACUGUAAUGUCAACCUAGUAACCUAAUCCGGGCCGAUACAGGCCUGCAAGAGAUCCUACACCACUCCUCAGUCGGUAGACUUGCUCACAAGUUGUGCUACGAAAGUGGAGAAAGGAGCCGCGAAAAAUGUUUGUUUUGGUAAUUUUGCAACUCUGAAGAUUGUUAAGCAAGACUCUGUUAUUUUACAUGUGCCAUUUGCAGAGAGUAAAAAACAAACACAUUGUUUCAUUUCAUUAUUGUAGCAUACAAUACUUGUUUUUCAGUCUCCUUUGUUUUAUCUAACGUUUAGUUUUUCUUUCUUUAGGUUGUGUGUGGUGCGGAACACAACAUGGUUUUGUUGGGUUUGUUAUUUUCUCUCUUCGGUUAACAUUUAAUUGGCUGUGUCAUGGCUGCCCUGUUCAUUUUGUUUCUAAUGCCAUUUACGCGUCUUUACUCGUUAUGAAACUUGAGAAAUUACUUGUAAAUGACAAGAUCACAGCUUUGUGUCCAGCAAAUAUGUUUCCCAAGCAUUAUAUCAAACGUUACAAACUACAAAAAUGAACUUGAAAACUGUUAGGCUAACAAGGUUUCAAAAACCACAACUGCAAUCCGUUUCAAUCUUCUUCGAGUUUGUCCAUCUGUGGCUCCAUUUGUAUUCGUUGUGUCAUUUAUACCUCACUCUAACUUUUUGAGCAGUUAUUUUUGUUUCACUCAAUUUGGUGGCAGUUUCCGCUGUUUGAAUUUUGAUAAAGCAAUACAACAACAACAGUUACUCUGAAGUUGUGAAUAUAUGAAAAUCAUAUACGAGAACUGCGGGGUUAAGAGUUGUAUGAAAGAAGAUCAUCGCAGUUGUAGACGCAACUUUUGCAGUUGCGAAAAGAAAGCCUGAAAAAAAAAAAAAUUCAGGCUUGUACGGGCUUCGGACCCUUGACCUUUGCGAUACCGGUGCAGUUCUCUACCAUUUGAGCUAACAAGCUUGGCUUGUUGUUGCUUCCGUCUUUCGGACGGAAGUUGAUAUGUAGCUUACUCUUUUUAUCCUAGGUUGUGGUUCUGUUAUGACUUGGGGUUGGAAUGAACACGGAAUCUGUGGCAGUGGGGAUGAAAUUAAUAUCCACCUACCAGACGUGGUGGCCAGGCUUCAAGGUUCUCGGGUGCGUGUGAUUGGAUGUGGUGGCGGACACAGUUUUGCUGUUGUCAGCAGGUGACAUCUUCACAGCCAAGCCUUCACUAUGCUUGGAGACACACCUUUACCUAAAUAGCGUACUUUGAGUACUGGUGUAAAGAUGGAGGUUGUGCU